AUGGUUAUACGGUUUGACCGACACAGCCACAACUUCAUUGUGAAAGAGACAAUCGACCAGAACGAAGGCCUGCCAAGACAAGAAUAUAGGGUCAUGCUACCUUCUCGUUGGUGCGAUUGUGGCAGGUUUCAAGCAUUUCGUAUGCCUUGCUCUCAUGUCAUUGCCGCUUGUGCUCAUACCCAUCAAGACGCGCUGCAACUUCUGUCAAACAUUUACAAAUCUGAAACGUUGCUCAAUGUUUACAACAACAACUUUCCUUUGGUAGCAAAACCAGAUUAUUGGCCUGCAUACGACGGCGAAAUAGUGUGGCACAAUGACCAAAUGCGAAGGAACAAGAAGGGUCGUCCCAAAAGUAAGCGCAUCCCAACAGAAAUGGACGAUCUUGACAAGUUGGAAAGAAAGUGUGGUUUAUGCCGUCAGGUCGGACACAAUCGUAAAAAUUGUCCGAAUCGGGCGUCUGCCUCGACCACAUAA